AUGUCUUCAUUGCAUUUUUCUGAGGAUGCUGAAUUAUUUUCGUCUCUUGUCGAACAGGUAGGUCUUGAUGGACUUAUGAUGAUAAUAGCUGUUGUAAGAAGAAUUGCUGAUUUACCAUUAAACUUACUUCCAUCAUCUACACGCACAACAACUAUUACUGAACUAGUUAAUUCCUACACUCAUCUGAAUGUACCUGAACAUAAAGUACUCAUUUUACUCAACCAAUUACAUUUACGUUCAGAUUUUAUAUCUCGUCUUACUCGAGCAAGCGAUACAUUUGAUAGUUUUAUUUCAAAUUUAAUACUCGACUUUUAUACAUCGACAAAUGGAUAUGGUGCACCAUGGUGA